UACCCUGAUUAAAUAAUGAAUCAAUUUAUAUCAAAAGAUGAUAAAAUCGAAGAGAGAGAGAAGGGAACAAGUAGUUGAUGAGAUGCAAGGACUACUGGCCAGGUUUGUUUCGAUCGUGAUCUCGUUUGUUGCAAUAUCCUAAUCAUCCUCGUAGGGGGAAAAGUUCCGAAGAGACCUCCUUGUGCCUCCGGAACCCUCCUUCAUUUCUAUCACUCUUCUCCUCUUUAUCUCUCCCAAGGCCCAGGUUCAUGUGGCUCAUAAUUGAUGUCAAAAAGAGAGAGCGGAACGGAGAAUAAAUGCGCGUCGUUUGAAGAGUGUGAGAGGGAGCAUGGGAAGCAAGAAACCUCGGUGGAAACUAUCGUUCCGCCGGUCGCCAGCGUCCUCGUUGUCGUCGUCCAUGACGACGGAGACGCCUAUGGAGUUCGUCUGCCCCAUCUCGCGCUCGAUCAUGGCGGACCCCGUCAUCGUCCCCUCGGGCCAGACCUUCGAGCGGAGCUGCAUCCAGGCUUGCCGUGACCUCGCCUUCAUCCCUCACUUCCUCGCAGCCGCCGUCGACCUCUCCCCAGACGCCCCUUUCCUCCUCAUCCCCAACGUCGCCCUCCGCUCCGCCAUCAUUCACUGGUGCGAUCGCGCCGGGCUCCCCCCACCCCUCCCCGUCUCCCCCGACGCCGCUCGUGCCCUCGUCCGCCGCCUCAUGCCGGAGGCGCCGCCUCCACCGGUGGGUGAGGCUGUCUCGAAUGGUGAGAAGGCUCCAAUCUUGGAAAGGGGAUCGAAGGAGAUGUUGACUCCGGAUACUCCACCUCAGUCCGUGCGCUCCUCCCAGAAGAAUUCUUCUUCGUUCUCCCCGCCUACUUCUUCGUCUUCUUGUCGUUCCUGUUCGUCGUAUUCCUCUUCCGACAUCAUGGUGCUGGGUUCGGAGGAGUUUAAUGUUGCCAAAUCUACUGCUGGUGCUGAGAUUGAUUGUUUGGAAGAGGAGAUUUUGGUCAAGCUGAUGGAUUCCGAGGAUUCCGAACAGGAGUCGGCGCUGGCCGCGCUUCGCCGGGCCAGCAGGGAGAGCAGGGAGCGGCGGAUCGCGCUGUGUACUCCGAGGCUUCUGGCGGCGCUCCGGCGGAUGCUGAUGUCCUGGUGCCCCGGCGUCCAGGUCAACGCCGCCGCGGCGCUGGUGAAUUUGACCCUGGAGGCGACCAACAAGGUCCGGAUCGUUCGGUCCGGGUUGGUGCCGCCGCUGGUGGACGCCCUCAAGGGCGGCCAUCCGGAGGCGCGGGACCACGCGGCGGGGGCCAUCUUUAGCCUGGCCUUGGAAGACGCGAACCGGGUGGCAAUCGGGGUGCUCGGUGCCAUCCCCCCGCUGGUCCACCUCUUUUCCCGCUCCUCCGAGAGCCACCGAGCCCGCCGGGACGCCGGGAUGGCGCUCUACCACCUCUCUUUAGCUGGAACGAACCGAUCCAAGAUCGCCAGGACCCCGGGGGCCGUUCCCGCGCUGCUAGCGGUGGCGGCUGAGGAGGAGGGGGUUCCAGUGGAGGUUAAGGGGCUGCCUUUGGGGAGGCUGGCGCUGAUGGUGGUGUGCAAUCUGGCCGGGAGCGCGGAGGGGCGGGGGGCGCUGAUGGACGCCGGGGCGGUGGCGGGGGUGGUGGGGCUGAUGAGGGGGGAGGCAGCGGCCGCGGAGGAGGAGUACUGCGUGGCGGCGCUGUAUGGGAUGAGCCGUGGGAGCCUGAGGUUCCGGGGGCUAGCGCGGGCGGCGGGGGCGGAGAAGGUGCUGAUGAGGGUGGCGGAGGCCGGGAGCGCCGGCGAGGUCAGGAGGAGGAUGGCGAGGCGGACGCUGAGGGCGAUGAGGGGAGAGGAGGAAGAGGAGGAGGAGGCCGUGGUGGCAGCGGCGGACGAGGACGGCAGCGUCGUGUCGGACGGGCUGGUGUCGUUUCGAAGGCGGUAUAAGGAUUUUGGGAACGGAUCGGGUGCCAACUCGGCCGAGUUCUGAUGGUAUCUUAUUUUUAUUCUUAUUGAGUCGAGACAUGGGUUGCUGUUAUUAUCAUGGCUUACAAGUUAGAGUUGUAUAUUUUUAUUUCUGUUUUCUCUGAUUGUUUUUGUAACUGGUUCUCUACGCUUGUUACGAGGACACUGGGUUUUUUUUAAUACGGUUCUCUAUGUAUAGUUUAUAAUUUUACAAGGAAGUCACAGUACAGUUUAGCAAUUCUUUAAAGUUGGAUUAUAAGGAUGUCUUUUCUCAAAAAAAAAAAAA